AUGGAUAAACUUCCACUUGUUAAGUCUUUGGUUGAAAAUUUGGCUGACAACCUUGAUGUUCCUGUGUCAUGGAAAAUCCGAGUAUUUGCAAGAUACAAUAAAUUAUGCCCAAAUGUUGGAAGAUGCUGGUUGUUGUCUUUUGGCAGUGCAUGGCCGAACAAAGAGAUGAAAAAGAUGGGAAGAAAUUCCGGGCCAACUAGAAUAUCAUCAAGGCUGUUAAAAAUGCUGUCAGAAUCCCGAUCCUCGCUAACGGAAAUAUUCAGCACAGGGUUGGAACAGACUAGUGCUGAUGGAAUACUUUCAGCAGAAUCUCUUCUUGAGAAUCCAGCUCUCUUUGCUGGAUUUCGGACUGCUGAAUGGGAAGACGGGAAACUAGACCAGGCUGACUUAUUGGUGGAGCAUUUGAACCUUUGUGAGAAAUAUCCUGUGCCAUGGAGAAUUAUCCGAGGUCAUGUGCACAAGUUGUUGGGAGAGUGGUUUAGGAUAAAUCCACAUGUAAGAGACAAUCUCAAUGCACAAUCUAAACUUACGUUUGAAUUUCUCUAUGAUAUGGUUGGUGAACUUGGGGAGCUUGGUGUGAGGAUACCCCCUCUGAAUGUGAAGGGCUCCCAUGUGGAGAGAGUAUCUGCAAAUGGAAUUGCGGCUUAA